AUGGAGUCUAUCAAAAACGUUCUUCUCCUCCUGCUCGUUGGAGUGUUCUGCAGCUCCACCGUCGUUGUUGGCCGAUCCACUUCGCUGAUUCGCGGAAUGGAAGGCAUUGCGCCACGGGGCUGCAAAUGGCAGCGGGUGCUGGACGAAACGGGCGACGACGAAACGCCGGCCACCGUCACGACGGUGCUGUCCUGCAAGCUGAAGACCAUCGGUGGCACGGACACGCUGAUGCGUAACCUCAGCUCGCACCAGAUCGAACAGAUCAGUUCGCUCAAGCUGGAGUGCAGCGACAUCCUGUUCUUUGAGAGCUCGCUCGAGGGAAGUCACCAUUCGGGGGCCUUCCUCGGCUCGCUGCGGCGCCUCCGCGACCUCAAGAUCGAGUACUGUAAGAUAAAGUAUGUGCCUUCGAUGGUGCUGGCAACAUUGCGCGACCUCCGGUCGCUCUCGCUGCGGACGCACAACACCGACUGGUCGGCGAUGAACCUGGAGUUCCACCCGGAAAGCUUCCGCGGGCUGACCGAGCUGAAGCGGCUCGAUCUGGCCGACAACAACAUCUGGAGUCUGCCCACGGAUGUGUUCUGCCCGCUGUUUUCGCUGCGUCACCUGAAUCUCACGCGGAACCGGCUCACCGACAUCUCGCAGCUGGGUUUCUCCGACUGGGGCAACGGUCCUACUGCUCCCGGGAAGGCGUGCAACACGGGGCUCGAGGUGCUGGACCUUUCGCACAACGAUCUGCUUGCCCUACCGGACAACGGUCUAUCGUCGCUCCGUUCGCUCAACGUGCUGAUGCUACAGGACAACCUCCUAACGUCCCUGGCCGACCGGUCCUUCGUUGGACUCGGCUCACUGAAGGUGCUUAACAUGUCCAGCAACAAGCUGGUGGCGUUACCACCGGAGACCUUCCAAUCCCCCCGAGAGUUGCGCCAGAUUUACCUCCAAAACAACUCCCUCUCGGUGUUGGCCCCGGGCCUGCUGGAGGGUUUGGACCGGCUAGAGAUUCUCGACCUCUCGCACAACGAGCUGACCUCGGAGUGGAUCAACCGGGAUACGUUUGCCGGCCUCAAGCGGCUCGUGGUGCUCGAGAUUAGCCACAAUGCGCUCACCAAAAUCGACCGGCACGUGUUUCGGGAGUUGUACAGCCUGCAGAUCCUCAACCUGGAGGCGAACGCGAUCGAAUCGAUUGCGGACAACGCGUUCAGUGACCUGAAGAACCUGGUCGCGUUGACGCUAUCGCACAAUCGGCUGAAGCGCAUCGAACAGCACCACUUCUCGGAGCUGUACGUGCUCAACCAGUUGUACAUCGAGUCGAACGCCAUCGAGUCGAUCCAUGGGCGUGCCCUGGAGAACCUCACCAACCUGAACGACCUCAACUUGAACGACAACCGGCUGACGGAGAUUCCCGAGGGGCUCGGCAAGCUUCGCUUCCUGAAGUCGCUCGAUCUGGGCAAGAACCGCAUCAGUGCGGUCAACAAUGCGUCUUUCGAGGGCCUCGAGCAGCUGCUCGGCUUGCGUCUGGUUGAGAACCGCAUCACCAACAUUUCGCGGGACGCAUUCGUGACGCUGUCGUCGCUGCACGUGCUUAACCUCGCGUCGAACCAGAUCCGCCAUAUCGACCAGUCGGCGUUCAGCUCGAACCCCACGAUUCGCGCGAUUCGGCUGGACAACAACGAGCUGGAGGACAUCAGCGGUGUGUUCACGUCCCUGCCGGCCCUCGUGUUCCUCAACGUCUCGGAUAACCAAAUCCGCGUGUUCGACUACAGCCACUUCCCGACGUCGCUCGAGUGGCUCGAUAUGCAUCAGAACAAUAUCUCCGAGCUCGGGAACUACUACGACCUGAACAACCUGCAGAUUAAGAUGCUCGAUGUGUCGUUCAACCGGUUGACGUCGGUGGACAGUAAGUGCAUCCCGGACGGCAUCGAAACGCUGUUCCUCAACAACAACGUACUGGAGACGGUGGCAGCCGGUACGUUCCUGAACAAACGCGACCUGGUGAAGGUGGUCCUGUACGGGAACUACAUCCGCAAGCUGGAGAUCGGAGCCCUUGCCCUGACGCGAGUGGACAACGCGCGCGAGGUGCCCCAGUUCUACCUCGGCGACAAUCCGAUCCAUUGCGACUGCACGAUGGAGUGGCUGCAGGGUAUCAACAAGCUGGCCCAUCUGAGGCAGCAUCCGCGCGUCAUGGACCUGGACACGGUAAUGUGCACGAUGGAGCACGAACGGGGGGCCAGCAUUCGUCCCCUGAUGGAUCUACGGUCGCACGACUUUCUCUGCCGCUACGAAACGCACUGCUUCGCCACGUGUCAUUGUUGUGAUUUUGAUGCUUGCGACUGCAAGAUGACGUGCCCGGAUCGGUGCAGCUGCUACCACGAUCACACGUGGAAGACGAACAUUGUGGACUGUGGGACGGCGGACUACACCGAGGUCCCGGAGCACAUCCCGAUGGAUGCGUCCACCAUCUACCUGGACGGCAACGAGCUGCGCCAGCUAGCGAGCCACCAGUUCAUCGGCAAGAAGAAGCUGGAGGUUCUCUACCUGAACGGGAGCAACAUCCGGGACGUGCACAACAGGACGUUCAAUGGCAUCCCGAGCCUGCGGGUACUUCACCUCGAGGGUAACUUCAUCAGCGAGCUGCGUGGGUUCGAGUUCGAUCAGCUGACGAACCUGAACGAGCUGUACCUCGACCAUAACGCGAUCGGCUUCGUCGGCGAGCGGACGUUCGAGAACCUCAAGUUCCUGGAGGUGAUCAACCUGAGCGACAACCGUAUCAGCGAGUUCCGCCCGUGGCAGGCGUUUGCGGCGGCCAGCGAGACGGGUUCGUUGAGCCGGGUGUCGCUGGAGGGUAACCGGUGGCGUUGCGAUUGCGACUCGCUGCACCGGCUGCAGCGCUGGAUCCGCAGUGUGUCCGGGACGUUCGACCUGCAGCGUAUGAUCUGCGCCGAUAGUCGCGUGGUGGCUGAUGCCAUCGGAAGUUGCGAGAAUCGGUUGGACUUCGUCGGAGACAUGGGCUCGAAUGGAGUCGGUGAUGGAGGUGCCGGAGAUGGAGAUUCCCCGCCGAGUGUGCAUAGGACGGUGCUGCUCGGUCAUGGGUUGAUCGGGGGUGGUUAUGUUCCGCUGCUGGCCGCCGUCGUUGUGGCCAUCAUCGGUACGGCGCUGAUCGUAGCGCUCGCGUGUGUGUUCCGACAGGACGUUCGGUUGUGGGCACACGCCCGCUACGGUGUGCGGCUCGUCAAGGAUCCGAUCAUCGUCGCCGGCCGCAAGGAGGAAGACGGCGACAAACUGUACGACUGCUACAUGGUGUACAGUGUGCACGACAACGAGUUCGUGGGACGGUUACUCGGGGCCGAGCUGCAGCUGCACGGGUACUCCGUGUGUCUUCACCAUCGGGACGUGCAUCCGGGCGCGUUCCUGGCCGAUUCGCUGCAGAGUGCGGCCGACGCCGCCCGGAAGGUGCUGCUCGUCGUGUCGAUGAACUUCCUGCAGAACGAGUGGUCCCAGCCGCAGUUCCGUGUGGCGCUCCAGUCGGUCAUCGAGAACGUGCGGCCGGCCCACAGGCGGCACAAGAUCGUCAUCGUGCUGACGGCGCCGGUCGAAAUCGUCUCGAUGGACCCCAUCAUGAACCUGCUCAUCCGGACCUGCACCGUGGCGUGCUGGGGCGAGCGCAAGUUCUGGGACAAGCUGCGGUACGCUCUGCCCGACAUCCCCAAGGACCGCACGCCGACGAAGCUCGGUGACAUCACCCGCAGUCCGGCGAACCUGCGCUACACGCCCGCCCCAACCUCGCUCGACCAGUGGUGCAAAAUUAGCCCACCGUCGGGGCUCGGGGAUGGCAUCGGCGGUGGGCCGGUCGGUGCCGGCGGACCUCCGUGCGUCGCCGGUGGACAGCAUCCGGGCGGGAUGGCUCUGCCCCAGAGCACCCCCUCCCAAAGCACCUGCAACACCGAGGACGAGUCGUCGUCGGCCUCCUCGCAACACUACGAGGCUCCGAUGAGCCAGCACUACAACAUGAGCCGCUCCAGUGCCUCGCUUGGACACGUGUACUCCACGAUACCCGAGACGCCCCAGAUGGGGCGCAACGGAAGAGCUUAUUUCGUGUAA